GAAUCAUGUCUGUGGCAGGACUGAAGAAACAAUUCCACAAGGCUACUCAGAUUUAUUAUAGUCAUCUCUAUGAAGCAGAGGUAAUCACAGGUGACUUUAAAAAUCUGACCUACAAGCCACAAUUCACAGAGAAUCCAGGAUCCCAUAGGCAACACAAAAGCAUGGGACUGAUUUUAUCUCACCUUGAACUCGUGUCAGUGAGAAGGUUGGUGGUGCAGAAGGGACCAAACUCGAUGAUGACUUCAAAGAAAUGGAAAAAAAGGUGGAUGUUACUAGUCGAGCAGUGAUGGAAAUAAUGACCAAAACAACAGAAUAUCUACAGCCCAAUCCAGCUUCCAGAGCAAAACUGACAAUGAUCAACACAAUGUCAAAGAUUCGAGGGCAGGAGAAAGGACCGGGUUACCCCCAGGCUGAGGGGCUCCUAGGGGAGAGUAUGAUCAAGUUUGGAAAAGAACUCGGUGAUGAAUCCAAUUUUGGUCAGGCACUGAUGGAUAGUGGUGAAGCUAUGAAGCAGCUUGCUGAGGUGAAAGAUGCUCUUGAUAUGGAAGUAAAACAAAACUUCAUUGAUCCUCUACAGAACCUACAUGAUAAAGACCUGAAAGAAAUACAGCAUCAUCUGAAGAAAUUGGAGGGGCGGAGAUUAGAUUUUGACUACAAGAAGAAGAGGCAAGGGAAGAUUCCAGAAGAGGAGAUUCGACAGGCACUGGAGAAAUUUGAUGAAUCAAAGGAAAUUGCAGAAUCAAGCAUGUUUAACCUGCUGGAGAGUGAUAUUGAGCAAGUGAGCCAGCUUUCAGCACUAGUGCAAGCUCAGUUAGAAUAUCACAGACAGGCUGCACAGAUUUACCAGGAACUCUCAGUGCAGCUGGAGCAGCGAGUGAAGGAAGCGACUGCCUGUCCUCGAAGGGAAUAUAAACCAAAGCCCCGUUUGACCUAUGAAUUUGCAGAUGACACUCAACAGAAUGGUGGACUGACUCACAGUGGGCAAAAGACACCAGGCACGCCGCUAGAUCAGCCAUGCUGCAGGGCUGCGUAUGAUUUUGAACCGGAGAAUGAAGGCGAGCUGGGAUUUAAGGAGGGAGAUGUCAUCACGCUCACCAAUCAAAUUGAUGACAACUGGUAUGAAGGGAUGCUCCAUGGACAGUCAGGGUUUUUUCCCAUCAAUUAUGUUCAAGUGUUAGUUCCAUUACCACACUAGAGUGACUGCUGUAACUCGACUUGUCAUUAUAUUUGUGCCACAGAUGAAGGUGGUUCAGUUUGUGAGAUUGUCUGAUGCAGUGACACUGUUUAUCAACAACUCCAUUGAUGUAAAGUCUUCAGUUUACAUGUAUUAUAAUCCCUAACUCGGUUGCAUCUAUAGUAAAUGUAGACAGAAAUGUUGCUGAUUCCAUCAUCAGUGCGAACUAGAAGAUGUCGUCAUGCUAAGCAACACACAAUCAAGUUGUGGGUAUAAUCUGUGAAAGCUUUUCUCCUGUUUUCUGGUCUAUUAUGUCAAAGUGGAUAGUGCUGCACCUAGCUUUCCUUAUUUUUGUAACAGUCAUAAAGCUGUACAGCUUGGUUCUGGAGAAUAUAUUUAUCUAAAUGUAAAAAAAAAGAGAGUAUAUGUGUUAUAUGAAUUGUUUUUCCUCCUAUCUGUGCUGGAUCCAAGAAUACACAGAGUAAAACGUUGGAUUGCUUAAUGUGGUGAA